AUGGCCCGCAAAAGGAAGAAAACGGCUCUGUGUCUGAAUGAAAUACUGACAGAUGAUUUGUUGGUAGAGAUCCUGCACAGAAUUCCAUGCAAAUCCGCCUUCCAGUGUAAGUCAGUCUGCAAAAAAUGGCGAAAACUGAUCUCAAAAACUUAUUUCACUAGAUGCUUUGCUCGCCGCCACCGUUCCGAUCAUCGGAAAAAAAGGCGAGAGUUGGGAGAGGAAGGAGUCGUGGUUAAACGUUCGUUUAAUCAUCUGUUCUUCAUUCCUUCGGAAUAUAAACAUCAAUUUUCUUUCGAUUUCUUACCCUUCUUCAGUUCCAAGCAAAAAAACCCUACUACUUUUAUUGCUGGUUCAAGUAAUAAUCUAUUCUUGUGCACGGCGGAUCAAGCGGCGUAUUAUGUUUGCAAUCCCAUGACAAAUCAUUGGAUUGCUCUCCCUCCGCCGCCUCCUCUCUUAGAGUCCGUCCAUAUAUAUCCGGGUCUGGUCGUAUUUGGUUCGUCAAUGUCGAGGACCACGUUCAAGGUGAUUCGAGUUCUUGUUCCGGUUACAGGUGAGAAAAAACUGUCGGAGUUUGAGGUUGAUGUAUUCUGUUCAAUCACCGGAAAAUGGGGACGUUUGAAAACCGGGCCAUCUCCGAAACCCUUUAUUUGGUCAGUCCGUCGAUCUCCGGCCAUCUGCUACCGUGGACGCCUGCAUUGGAUUGCCACAUCAGAAAAUCAGAUGGUUGUUUAUGACGUGAGAAAAAACAGCUUCUGUUUCAUUAUUGAACCUCCUAAAAAUUCUACUAAACAUUCAGUAGUACCUGCUUUAUCCGGAGCCUUUUACGUUGCUCAAUUUUCAAAAAGGUCUUCGAAAUUGAAACUGUGGCAACUCGAUUACCCGGACAACGAGCAGGCGGAGCCGAAGUGGAGAUUUAAGGGGAAAUUUAUGUUGCAUGAGUACGUCCGCCAUGGCCGUCGUUGGUUAACUGAGUUGUUCAUCAAGAGAGUGCUUACCAUCCAUCGACAUGAUCGCAAUAUUAUAUAUUUGGGUGCUAAUUCAGAAGUAUGGUAUUUGGCCGGGAAAUUUAGGUGUCAUCGGUAUGUUGUGUCUUGCAAUUUAAGAACCAAGACGUUGGAUUUGGUGUACGAGUCUCAGAAUGAUUUGUUUCAUCGUGCCGAUUACGCUUACAGUAUCGGUUUUCGGAUGUGGCCACCUCCUAUAUCUCCGGCAAGGCCUUAA